AUGUGUGGGGCGUUGCUGCCGGAUGUCUUGCUGCUGCUGAGCUCCUCUCGUCCCUACAUAAGAAAGAAAGCAGCUCUCUGCUGCUGCUGCUUCCUUUUAUAUUUGCUGCGGGAGCAGCAGCAGCAGCAGCAGCAGAAGCAGCAGCGCAAGUUGCAGCAGCAGCGCAUGCGUUUGAACUCCCCUUCUGCUGCUGCUGCAACCACAGCAGCACCACCACCACAACCACCAGCAGCAGCAGCAGCAGCAGCAGCAGCAGCAGCAGCAGAUGAUGAUGAUGAUGAUGAGAGCGAGAACUCUGUGCUGCAGCAGCAGCAGCAGCAGCAGCAGCAGCAGAUGAUGAUGAUGAUGAUGAGAGCGAGAACUCUCACAAACAGAUGUCGCUGCAGCAGAACAUGCAGCAGCUGCAGCAAUGACCCAAGACACAGCAGCAACAGCAGCAGCAGCAGGAGACGCAGCAACAGCAACCUCUCCCAGCAACAGCAGCAACAGCAGCAGCAGCAGCAGCAGCAGCAGCAGCAGCAGCAGCAGCAGCAGCAAUGCAACACCAGAGAUGCAGCUGCUGCAGCUCGCAUGCAAGCAGCUGCAGUUUCUUCUCUCCUCCCCCGACAGCAACAUUUGCUUCAUUUCUAUCGAUCUGCUGCAGCAGACGUUUAUAAAAAGGAGACAGUUGGUGCAGCCGCUGCUGCUGCUGCUGCCUGGGCUGCAGCAGCAAAUGCUACAGGUAUUCAACACCCACCUCCUCCUGCUGCUGCUCCUGCUGCUGAUGCUGCUGCUGAUGCUGCUGCUGCUGCUGCUUCUGCUGCCGCUGCUCCUGCUGCUGCUGCUGCUGCUGCUUGUGUUGCUCAUGUGGCUCUAGCAGCAGCAGCAGUAGCAGCAGCAACCGCAACACCAGCAGCAGCAGCAGCAGCAGAACUACCACCAGCACCAGCACCAGAUCCACCACCAGCACCAGCACCACCACCAGCACCAGCACCAGCAGCAGCAGCCACAGCAGCAGCAGCAGCAGCAGCAGCAGCAGCAGCAGCAGCAAAGGUGAAUGACUACGAGUUGAUAGAGGAUUUUGAGUGGUAUGUGGCGGUGCUGGUGGACAUUGCAUGCAACGGCUGCAGAAGCAGCAGCAGCAGCAGCAGCAGCAGCAGCAGGAGCAGCAGCAGCAGCAGCAGCGGGGAUGCAGCAGUUGCUGCUGCUGUUGCUCAGCAGCUGCUAGAUAUUUCUGUGCGUGUCCCUGAGGUGCGGCCCUGCAGCACACACCUGUGCAUGCUGCUGCUGGAGGCAGCAGCAGCAGCAGCAGCAGCAGCAGCAGCAAAGUCAAGGCUUCAAAGCAGCAGCAGCAGCAGCAGCAACAGCAGCAGCAGCAGCAGCAGCAGCAACAGCUUGGAGGUCUUAAGGGCCCUGCGGCAGCAGCAAAGAGAAAACCACAUCAGCAGCAACUCGCUUGAUGAUGCAUGCACUAGCAUGCAUAACAACAACCCCACCAACAGCAGCAGCAGCAGCAGCAGCAGCAGCAGCAGCAGCACACCGAGCCAGUCAGUGGAUCCCUCGUUGCGGCCGCAUGUACAGCGCGUGCUGCUGUGGGGUGCAGCAAAGGCCUUCUUAACCCUCAUUGCAGUAGCUCAGGGCAAGCUGCUGCUGCUGCAGCAGCAGCAGCAGCAGCAGGAGCAGCAGGGUAGCUGUUUCUGCUUAGCUCAGGGCAAGCUGCUGCUGCUGCAGCAGCAGCAGCAGCAGCAGCAGCAGCAGGAGCAGCAGCAGCAGCAGGAGCAGCAGCAGGGACCUGAAGCAGAAAGAGAAGCAGCAGCAGCAGCAGUACAGAGACUGCAGCACAAGGUUAAGGCAGCAGCAGAAGCAGCCCGCAGCAGCACGGACGCUGAGGUAACUAUUACUUCUGCUGCUGCUGCUGUUGCUGCUGCUGCUGCUCAGCAGCAGGGACCUGAAGCAGAAAGAGAAGCAGCAGCAGCAGCAGUACAGAGACUGCAGCACAAGGUGAAGGCAGCAGCAGAAGCAGCCCGCAGCAGCACGGACGCUGAGCUGCAACCGCCGCCUGAGCUUGACCUGGGGCGGCCCUUCAUAGAUGCUGCUGUGCUGCAGCAGCAGCUAGACGCUCGUUUCAAGCGGCAGCAGCAGCAGCAGCAGCAGCAGCAGCAGCAGCAGCAGCAGGGUGCAGCAGCAGCAGCAGCAAUAGACGGACAGCAAGACGGAGGCUGCUGCUCUCCUCUAUUCCAGCAGCAGCAGCAGCAGCAGCAGCAGCAGCAGCAGCAGCAGCAGCAGCAGCAGCAAACCCCUUGGGCCUCUGCCGGCAAGAAAAAGUUUAAUGUCAUCAGGAAGGCAAUCGCCCCGGACUCUGCUGCUGCAGCGCAGCAGCCUGCUGCUGCUGCUGCUGCAGCAACAGCAGCAACAGCAGCAGCAGCAGCAGCACCAGCUGCUGCUGCUGCAGGAGACGCACCGCGACAACGGCUACCGCAGCAGACAGCAGCAGCAGCUGCUGAAGCAGAAUCGAAUGCACAAAGCGUGCAGCAGCAGCAGCAGCAGCAAAUGCAACAGCAGCAGCAGCAGCAGCAAAUGCAACAGCAGCUGCAGCAGCUGUGGCAUUGCUGCGGUGGCGACUCCGUGCUGCAGCUGUUCUGCUGCUGCCGUUUGUCUUUAGCUGCAGCAGGAGGAGACAGGGGGAUCUUGACUGUCUCCUUUUGCUGCAGACAGCAGCAGCAGCUGCUGAAGCAGAAUCGAAUGCACAAAGCGUGCAGCAGCAGCAGCAGCAGCAGCAAAUGCAACAGCAGCAGCAGCAGCAGCAGCAGCAGCAAAUGCAACAGCAGCUGCAGCAGCUGUGGCAUUGCUGCGGUGGCGACUCCGUGUUGCAGCUGUUCUGCUGCUGCCGUUUGUCUUUAG